GAAAGGAAAAGAAAAGAAAAGAAAAGAAAAGGAAAAAAAAAAAAAAAGGAUUUCCAAAGAGAAACGAGGGGAAACCGUGGUUUGACUCUGCAAAGUGCAAAGCCAGUGAAGAAGAGAAAACCGGAAGAAGAGGAAGAAGGAAAGGGCAAAACUUAGAUCUGAAACUACACUCUCCUUUCCAAUUUCCAUGACUGAUCCCAAGCUUUUCAUCUGAAAAAUCCCUCUUUCGUUUUUCAUUUCUGGGCUUCGACAAACACAACCCCACAAAAGAAAAAACAAACAAAAAACAAAAAAAAACAAAAGAAAAAAACGUAAUCGUAAUGCCACGCCCUUAUUUUCACAAGCUGGUUCUCUCGUCGACAAUCCACGCGAAACAGCUGAGGAUCCCGGAAAAUUUUGUCAAGAAAUUUAGGGAUGAGCUGUCAACCGUUGCUACAAUCAAUGUCCCCGAUGGUCAUGUUUGGCGUGUAGGAUUGAAGAAAGCUGAUAACAAAAUUUGGUUUCACGAUGGUUGGCAGGAUUUUGUUGAGCGUUAUGCGAUCCGUGCUGGGUACUUCUUGAUAUUCAGAUAUGAAGGGAAUUCAACAUUCCAUGUUUAUAUAUUUAAUUUGAGCACCUCUGAGAUCAACUAUCAAUCUAAUGCUCUCUGUAGUCCCCAAGCUAUUUAUGGCAGCAGAUAUCAAAUAUUUGAAGAAAUGGAAGAUGAUGAUUUGGAUGCAAUCUCAAGUUUUCCAACUCAGCGCAUGGCUUCUGGUCCACUUAAAAAUAAGCUUUUCGGUGAGCGUGCAGAGCAACUGACAUCAGGCAAGGUUUUCAAUCCUCCAUCACUACAGAAUUUGUUCAAUGGCUCUAAACUUAACUGCGUAAAUUGGGGCAAUGAAGGGAAUUUGCAUCCAGCGAAGGGUGCUGGUAAUUACCAAGCAGAAAACCAAUUGACUCGUGAUAUAGGUGUUCAGUUUAAUGUCAUGGAGCGUAAGAAGGUUGCAGAUGAAGUCAAAUUGCAUGGUUCAGAAGAAGAAUUUCGAAAAACUAAGAAAGUUGGGAGGAAGAAGCGGAAGCUUGAUCCUAAUGGGCAGGAUUCUUCCAUCAAGCACGAAGAAGACGGAGAUAUGCGUUUUAGAUUUUAUGAAAGUGCUUCUGCCAGAAAGAGGACCGUGACAGCUGAAGAAAGGGAAAGGGCUAUCAAUACAGCAAAAACAUUUGAGCCUAUUAAUCCUUUCUGUCGGGUCGUUCUGCGCCCUUCUUAUCUAUACAGGGGUUGUAUAAUGUACUUGCCGUCCUGCUUUGCUGAAAAGAACUUAAGUGGAGUUUCUGGAUUCAUCAAACUUCAGACCUCUGACGGGCGACAAUGGCCUGUCCGAUGCCUCUAUAGAGGAGGUAGAGCUAAAUUGAGCCAAGGUUGGUAUGAGUUUACAUUGGAGAACAACUUGGGGGAAGGAGAUGUUUGUGUCUUUGAGAUGCUCAAGACGAGGGAAAUCGUGCUUAAAGUUACAGUUUUUCGUGUUCUUGAAGAUGGGGGACUCAUAAACCAACCACCACAGCACAGUCACACUGUCAGCCAUAGUAAACUAAUUAGAAAUUAAUGGUUGGUAAUUUCAGAUGUCCAAAAAACCGUAAAUCAAACAAUGCAUGUUCCUUUAGGUAGUGAUCUGAUUUGUCAAUCUGGGAUAUUGAUGCUGUUGUUUAGUACUCAAUAUACUCUGUCAGAAUGACUUCAUAGUAGCCUUUUCCUUUUUCCUUUUUGUUUUGGUUUUUUAUUUAUUUUUAUUUUAUUAUAUUUUUUU